AUGGCAGAAAAUCAACAACCUCCACUGCCACCAAGGACAGUAUCUACUGCAUCGUAUAACAACAUGAACCAUCUCUCCCCAACGCUUUCUCCGAACCUCAAUCCAUCUACGUAUCCCUAUUCAGGCGGGUUGCACGAUUCACGAGCCUCGUCGACACAGUCCCUCCGCCCCGUAGAGAGCCCUGGCGACAAUCGCAGAACCCUGUUGAUUAUAUACAUCCAUGGCUUUCUUGGAACAGAAACCAGCUUUCAGAGCUUUCCGACUCACGUCCAUGCCCGGCUGACAGCCGCGUUAGCAGAGACUCAUGUGGUGUACACGAAAAUCUACCCGCGUUACAAAUCGCGAAAGAACAUCUCUUUCGCACGCGAUGACUUCAGCAAUUGGCUACGGCCUCAUGAGUCGAGCAGAACGGAUAUCAUCCUGGUCGGCCACAGCCUGGGAGGCAUCCUGGCGGCAGAAGUGGCCUUGAUCCCUUCCAGUUCACCUGCGGGUAACGAUGAGCUCUUCCAGCAUCGCAUUCUAGGACUUAUUGCUUUCGAUGCACCCUUCCUGGGAAUGCAUCCUGGCGUUGUGGGUACUGGCAUCGCAAGUCUCUUCCGAACGCCUCCGCAGCCUUCAGUGUCGCCGCCCGCAGAUCCAGAUAUGUUCUCGGACGCAGCACCCCAAGGUCCAACUUACAACCCAAGGUACGCAAAUGACAUCCGUCUGGCGGACAGAACGGGCAAGCUGCGGAGGUUCUGGUACUUCUGGAACAAGCACUGUGGUGAGUUGGCCAAGGCGACUGGAGACUACGUCUCUUCUCACCUUGAAUUUGGCGGCUGUCUCGCGGACUACCCGGGCUUAAAGAGGCGCUUCAAUGCGGUUCGUGCAUUGGAAGACGUGGAUGAGACCGUGAAGGCAAGAACGCCAGACGGGAAGUUAAUGAAACGAGUGAGGUUCGUCAACUAUUACUCCGCAAGUACGGGACCCGUCAAGGAGAGAUCGCCUUCACCAAGCACUCGGUCUGAUCUGCUUGAGCCUCCAACGAAUGAGUUCCGGGAGACAUCUACACGACGGCCGUCAGCAGGAAGCCUUCAACCUUCAACCGUGUCGAGUCCACGACUCUCGCUAGAGGAGCAUCGGGACGGCGAGCUGAUCACUAAAGACAUCACCGAACUUAACAUUGAUCCCGAUCCUCCUGGACUAACGCCUGCCACGACCGUUAGUGAUCGAGUUGAUCCAUCUUCGGCAAUAGACGCAAGCGUGAGCGCCUUAGAACCCGGAUCGGCAGAACUUGGAUUGUUACCGCCAAUUCCGCCCCUGCCAGCGCCACCUCCAGAAUUCGACGCUGGGUUAUUUAAAGAAGAGGACAUAGUCAAGCUACUGAGAAAUGAACAUGAUCGCAAGCUCAGGGCAUACGAGAGAGCAGUCAAAGACAGGGAAGAAUCUCUGAAGGAACGUCAGAAACUUGUUGAACGACGGCAGCGCAACACGCUCAAACGAGAAGAGAUGGCCAAGAAACAAGCACAAGUACAAGAAGCUCGCGCGCAAAAAGAACAGAAGAAGCGAGCCGCAACACUCAAUCCUGAACACUAUGAUAAACAACUACAGGCCGAGACGGCCAGGAAGCAAAAAGACCGCAAAUUUUGUGCCCUUCCACCCAAGGAUCCGGCCAGCGGAAAGCGUGACGACAGGUGGAUUCGGAUAUACUUCGAGGGUAUUGACGAAGUCACGGCGCAUACCUCAAUGUUCAACGUGUCAGACACAUACGCGAAGAUGGUUGCGGACGUGGUCGAAAGGAUCGAGACAUGGGUUGCCGAGGAUGCAUCCACACGCAUGAUCCUCGCCGAUAUGGAGCCAUGA